UAUAUGGGGCCACUUGUACUCGAAGCUCCAUUUCUGACGGUUUUGCUGCGGAGACUCUGCCCAAGCGGUCUCUCUGUCGUCGACGGCAGCUGCGCCCACCCCCACUCCCGUAAGGGUUCGCUCGGAGCUCGUCCCCUCUUCUGUUUUGCUCUAGUUUUCUUUAAAACCCCUUUCUUUUCUUCCUCCUUCUUCGAUCUUGUCUUCCUCUCGGUCCCGGUGUUAUGGCCAGAACCUCACCUCAGGAGGCUCGGUCGGAGAACCCGACCGAUGACCUUCGAUCGACUCCGGAAGUUGAGGUUUCCUCGCUUUCGGGGCCGAAUGUGGAUCGGCUUCGGGAUCAGUAUCAUAUCCCGGGGCAGUUCCAACUUUCCGCCCCAGGGGCCGGCGGUCGGGUUAACAACCCACCCGCGGGCCAGGUGGCACUGUACGUCGAGGACCUCCGGGCUGGUCUUGGCUUCCGAUUCCGGAGUUCGUCCGGAAUCUGAUAGAUUAUUACGGACUUUGUCCGGCGCAACUGGCGUCGAACUCUGUUCGGCUAAUAAUUAGCUUCGCCCUGUUGUGUCAGCUUCUGCCGACCAACCCUCGUAUCUCUCUCUUCCGGGUAUUUUUUGUCCUCCGAACCCACCCUAAGGCCCGAGGGUGGUGGCUCUUCAACCCCCGGAAGGGUCUUUCCUUUAUCACUGGCCUUCCAUCAUCCAUUCACAGGUGGAAGAACCAGUUUUUUUUUGUUUCUUCUUCUUCUCCCUGGGGCUUCCCUUCUCACUGGGGCGUGCCUCGAACCGAGGCAAACGAGAACAGCCGAGUGGAGGCGGACGACCGGGAGGACUUCCACCGACUCAAGGACAUGUCGGUCCCGAAGCAAAGGGAGCUUGUUACCGAACAAGCCCUCUAUGACGCUGGCCUGAGCUUGGUCCCCCGUCUAGGUAUCGCCCGAUCCAUCGGUUGUCUUUUUAUUUAGCAUUCGUUCUCGUGCAUAUACUGAUCCUUCUGUCGGCAUCGCAGGGACACCGCCGAGGAUGAGGCUGACCGACGCUGAAAUCAGACAAUAUGCGGCGAGGAAGAGGCCGGCUCGGGGGCCGGACCUUCACAACCACCGAAGAAACCCUCCACAGCGGCGCCGACCGUCGCAGCGUCGGCGACCGAUCAGUCAGAGCAGGUGAUUGCACUCUCGGCUCCGACGGUGCAAUCGGAGGAGCGACCGGCGGAGGAAGCGGCUGAAGGAAUGUCGGCGGCUUCGCCGACGGGAGUGGCGUCGGACGCCGUUCAGGAACCCGAACGUUAUCCGUCGCUCCCGCAGCUGCAACGGGGGGUGCUCAGUCAAGCUCGAGCAUCCCCUCCUUACCCGAUCCACUGGCUGGGGCGGCCGAUCGGGGGAAAGCCCCGAUGGACCCCACCGACGACACAAGGUCGGGGAGUCGCACCGCGCUACCUGGCGCCCAGGUCCCCGAAGGAGCGUCGGCGCUGGCAGACCACAACUUGGCCAGGAGACUGUGCCAGGGGAUCCUUCUCCCAGCCGACGUGGAGGUGCUGAAGUCUCAGCAGGUGACCGAGAUGCUAUCUUCGUUCUACCCGACCAUGGUCGGGGUAAGUUCCACUUCGUCUCCUUCCUUCUUAGUGUUUUCAUUACUUCGCUUUCCUGACAUAGUGCCCACGUUUGCAGCUAAUCUAUACCAUGUCCGAACUUGAGGCCGGGUACCGGAGGUUCGGGAACAUCCGGGCGGCCUGGAAGGACAGGGCGGCGGCCGCCGAAGCCGACAGGGCGAUGCUGGUCGAACACCUGAAGCAGUCGACCGACCGGGAGGCGAAGUUGGUGGACGAGGUCUCUCGUCUCGGGUCCGAGCUCAAGUCGGCCCGAAAGGAAGCCAAGCGCAAGGGUCGGACUGCGCGCCGUCUGCGGCGCGAACGGGACAGCGUCGCCGCCGGGCUCGAGGCCGAACGCGAGCAGCUCCGGGUCAGCCUGGAGAAUCUCGCCAAGGCUGAGGAGGACUUGUCGAUUGCCCAGGCCGAUGCCGACAUAGCGAAGGCAGAGGCGGAGUCGGCGAAGGACUCUCUCGAUCG